GAGGCGGCGGAGAAGCAGCAGAGAAAAUGGCGGCCAUGGCUGCGGAGGCGGCAGCGACUGCAGCGGUGCCGGGCGAUGGGGGGGCGGGCGAAGCCGAGCCCGAGAUGGAGCCCAUCCCGGGCAGCGAGGCCGGCGCGGACCCUCCUCCUGCCGUCACCGAGGCCGUGGAGUCGGCGGCGCCCGACGGAGAGGAGGCCGACGGGGGAAAGGGAGCUCCCGGCGAGGCCGAGGAGCCGCCGCCCGUGCAGCUCGCCCGGAGCCCGGCCGGGACGCGGGAGCCGGAAGGCGAAAGGACGGAGACGCCGCCGCCCUCCGGCCUCGAGGCGGGUUCGCCGCAGGCCGAGCUCCGAGGAGUGACCGGCCCGGAGCCCGAGGAGCGGCCGCAGCCCUGCCCGCCGCCCGUCGCGCGUCCCCAGCUUCCCGAGGAGUGGCCGCAGCCCUGCCCUACGGCUGCCGGGGGCUCCGCGAAGCGGGAGCCCGGGGAGGAGCCGUCCCGGCCGGAGGAGGAGGAGCCGGAUGCUGCCGCCGCGGAGCCCGAGCGCCCGCCGCCCGCCGCCCCAAGCGGGGGGGAGGCGGAGGCGCCGCUGCUGCCCGGCUCCGAGGUGCGGGUCACCCUGGAUCACAUCAUCGAGGACGCCCUGGUGGUCUCGUUCCGGCUGGGGGAGAAGCUGUUCUCCGGGGUCCUCAUGGACCUCUCGAAAAGGUUUGGACCCCACGGAAUCCCUGUGACCAUAUUUCCUAAAAGGGAAUACAAGGAUAAACCUGAAGCCAUGCAGCUCCAAAGUAAACCAUUCCAAGAUGAGGCACAGGUGAAGUGUGAAUCUAAUGCUGCAGUCCCCGAUGACUCUUCUCUCACACAGCCAUCAGAACCAAGCUUAGCUAAAAGCCUAUGGACUUCUAAACCACCUCCUCUCUUCCAUGAGGGAGCGCCAUAUCCUCCUCCUUUGUUUAUCAGGGACACAUAUAACCAGUCAAUACCUCAGCCUCCGCCCCGGAAAAUUAAGCGGCCCAAGCGUAAAAUGUACAGGGAGGAGCCCACUUCUAUUAUGAAUGCUAUCAAACUACGACCCCGACAGGUCUUAUGUGACAAGUGCAAAAACAGUGUUGUUGCAGAAAAAAAGGAAAUAAAAAAAGGUGGCAAUGCAAGUGACUCUUCAAAAUAUGAGGAUAAUAAAAAACGAAGAAACGAGAGCGUGACUACUGUGAAUAAAAAACUUAAGACUGACCAUAAGGUGGAUGGAAAAAGCCAAAAUGAAAGCCAGAAAAGGAAUGCUGUGGUCAAAGUUUCAAAUAUUGCCCACAGCAGAAGCAGAGUAGUUAAAGUUACUGCACAAGCAAAUACUUCAAAAGCGCAGUUAAAUACAAAAAAAGUUCUCCAGAGCAAAAACAUGGAUCAUGCAAAAGCUCGGGAAGUCUUGAAAAUGGCCAAAGAAAAGGCACAAAAGAAGCAGAGUGCAACCUCCUCUUCCAAAAAUGCACAUUCAAAGGUCCACUUCACACGGCGUCUUCAGAACACCAGCUCAGGUUCCCUCCCACCCCGAUUGCGUUUAAAGCCACAAAGAUAUCGGAAUGAAGAAAAUGACUCUUCUCUCAAGACAGGACUUGAGAAAAUACGGAGUGGCAAGAUGGCAACUAAGCCGCAGUCUCGCUGCUCCUCCACCCGCUCAGCAGGUGAGGCCCCUUCAGAAAAUCAGAGCCCCUCAAAAGGCCCUGAAGAGGCCAGCAGUGAGGUUCAGGACACAAGUGAAGUGCAUGUAACUGUUGAUCAGGAUGAACACCAGACAUUGGGCAAGAGAGGCAGCAAAAGCAAUAUAACGGUUUACAUGACCCUUAAUCAAAAGAAAUCUGACUCUUCCAGUGCAUCAGUAUGUAGUAGUGAUAGCACAGAUGAUUUGAAAUCUACCAACUCUGAGUGUAGCUCUACUGAAAGCUUUGAUUUUCCUCCAGGCAGCAUGCAUGCACCUUCCUCCUCCUCCUCCUCUUCGAAAGAAGAGAAAAAGCUCAGUAAUUCCUUGAAAAUGAAAGUCUUUUCCAAAAAAGUCUCUAAAUGUGUUACACCAGAUGGCAGGACCAUAUGUGUAGGGGACAUUGUUUGGGCCAAAAUUUAUGGCUUCCCUUGGUGGCCAGCCCGUAUCCUGACCAUAACUGUGAGCCGGAAAGAUAAUGGUCUUUUAGUUCGCCAGGAGGCUUGUAUAUCAUGGUUUGGCUCCCCAACAACGUCUAUUCUUGCUCUUUCACAACUAUCCCCCUUUUUAGAGAACUUCCAGUCGCGCUUUAAUAAGAAGAGAAAGGGUCUUUACCGCAAGGCCGUCACAGAGGCAGCCAAGGCUGCUAAGCAGCUGACUCCCGAAGUUCGGGCCCUGCUGACGCAGUUUGAAACGUGAACAUGGAGAGUAAGGUAGGCAAGAAAUCUGGAGGCUCCACGAAAUUCAUAGCCUAGUUAGAGGACUACCAUGAAGGAUUUGCCGAGGCAGAAGUUGCAGUCGGUUGGAUGCUCUUUUUAUACUAAAGUUCCAUUUGUAGCGGUUUCAUGGAAGUUAAACAAAUUGAACAUGCAAUCAAAAUUAGCCUAAAGUGAGAAUUUCAGUAUUUUUCAAGUGAGAAUUUUUUUUAAAGAAAGAACUCCUCAAACACCCGAUGCAUAGGAGCCAUAGCCUCAGCUGAAAGGCAGCUUAUUUGCAGGGAAUUUUUUAGUAGUUUCUACCCAGUAUGUACCUAGUUGCUGUGUGGCAAAGGGUUGACACAAGGGGUGAAAGUAGUAGCUGUGAUACUUUAUUUUUCUUUUCUUAGGUGGCCCAUCAGGGAAGUGUAGAAACGUAAGCCUUGUCUAAAUGGUCUUUAAACAUGAUUUCAAAUACUUUCUGAUGUAUUUAGUCUGGCCAGUGCAAAUUGGUUCAAUGCACGCAUGAGCAUCUUAGAGGCGUGCCCCGAUCCAUGAAGGCCAGUUUAAAUGGCAUUAGAAGAUGUGCUGAAGUUUUUAAGGAAGAAAAAUUCACAAAAUUAAAGACCAGAUUAAAUGGGGUUUUAUCUUAGUGACCACUUCUUAAACACUCAGCCUUUCUAUGCACAUGGGGGCACAAAUAUUAACACUUCAGGGUCUGAGAAGCUGAGAGUGAUGCCUGUAGCUCUAAGACAAAGCUGAGAAAUUGCUCAGUGUUUGGGAUCAAGGGCUGUUAAUGCUGCAUAGGUGUGAAUCAUAACUUCUGGUCUUUCUUCCUGAAGAAGUCUUUCAGGCCAUUUGCCUGGAGUUUUAGAUUAAGAGAGGCUUUGUUUUGAAUGUGUAAAUAAUUGAUUGAUGAAAUUUGGUCAGAUUUUCUCCUGACUGGUUGUUCCUAAAUUCUUAGGAUACGUCCUAGUUAAUUACACUUUGUGAAUUGUCAGAUGUGUAAUUGUUGCAUUUUGGAUGUAUCUAACUUCAUUUUUUUUUAAAUAUUUCCGUUUAAGGUAUCUGUUUGCAGGUCAGAAAAUGAGAAUUAUGUAAUUGUGUAAUGCUCUGAAAUGUAAAAACAAACUGUAAAUAAAAUUGACUAAAUCUGAA